GUCCCUCUAUCACCAACCUGCGGGACAAGAGAAAGGCCUUGCUUUAACUCACCCGGAUUUCUUCUCCUCCCGAACUCUGGAGGUUAUAUAGUUCACCUCCAGUGGCCUUCACACAGUGUUCUUGCAGGUGACAGGCUUCCAGAUGAUGAUGAUGACAAGAUAUUACAACAUGGGAAGAAAUAUCUCCAUGAGGCAUCCUAGGCCUGUCAUCAGAAUGGUGUGCCAUCCUUUCCAUGACCAUUAACAAAGAGGGAAACAAGACUAAAGGAAAGUAGAAGACAAAAGUGUACAGCAGGAAACACCAGGAAUUAUAGCAACAAAGGAUCAUCACCUGAAUUGUCCUGGUGUGCCUCAACCUGUGUGUGUCUGCAGGGAUGUGUGGUGCGGUGCAGGAGCUGAGGGAUUACUGUGUGCACGUCAUUGCAAGGAGCAUUAAUGAGCACACUCAGCUGAAUGGUCUAACCCAGCGUGACCUGCAGGAGGUGUGUGCAGGGCUGAGUGUUGACCUGCCUCUGCCCAUUGCCCUUAGCCUGCCCCUGGAUAACCUGUACUGGCAGAGGAGAACCCAGGCACACUUCCCCCCACCUCAUGUUUCCCUACAGAGUCGCUUAAAUCUGAGGAAAGGAGGAAGAGGUGGAGGUGAGAGGGCACAUACUCCAGCAGGCAAGGGAGGAGGGAGUGGAGGUACCAAAAUGAGUUCUGCAUCCAUCCCUCGUUCUGGCAGUAGUAGCAGUGGUGCUGCUGCCUCUACACAUGUUCUCUCCCACCCUCUGCCCCCAACCACAGUGGUGGGCAGGCAAGAUGCAGGUGGCAGGCAGUGGCGACAGGUGUAUGUAGAGCGUUACCUUUCCUGUGUGAUCUGUGCCACCCAGGACACAAAGGCUGGCUGGAGGCAACUGUCGGCCCUCCUGCAGGUGUGUGGGAGGGAUGUGCACACCUUGCACCUGCCCUCCUUAGCAUCUCCACCCCCCUCCAGAGGGAAUGGGGAAGCAGUGGAGGUGGAGCCAGGCAGCCUGAGUCACCUGGAUCUGUUUGAGAUCAUCUCAGCCUUGCCAAACCUGCAGGAGUUGAGUAUAAGAUAUCAGAGCACACAGGAGGGGACAGAGCUGGUGUGGGGUGCUGUGGGGGCAUCUGUUCUGGACCUGGCAGCCCUCACCCCAGCCCUCACCCCCACCCUCACCCACCUCAAGAUCUAUGAGAGCUGUAUAGAUGACACAAGAGCUGAGCGACUUCUGGCAGGCCUUAGAGGUCAUCCUAACUUGACCUGCCUUGACCUGCGCCACAACCUGCUGACCUGUGCCUCAGCGCCUCACCUUGCUGAUCUCCUGAACUCUUGCCCAUCCUUACGAAGCCUUAACCUGCACCACAACAAUAUAGGCAGCACUGGUGGCUCAACUUUGGGAGAAGCCCUAGCCAGGAGACCCCCUCUACCCUUAGAAGCCCUCAUGAUGGACCUGAAUCCUUUAGGGUCCAAGGGAGGGGCUGCCUUGCUUCAGGGAGCAGCAGCCAGCAGCAGCAACAAUGAUGAGGAGGUGAUGGAGGGUAAAGGAGAGAAGGGGAGGAGAGGCCUGCGUGUGUUGUCUCUGGCAGGGUGCGGCUUGGGGGAUGAGUGUUGGGAUCCCUUAGUGGCAGCCCUCACCUCCUCCCUCAGAUAUGUGUGUCUGGCUGCUAAUUCCUUCACACAGGAACCACCCAAAGAAGUCCUCUCCAUUGUGGAAAGAAAAGGAAGAGGAGGAAAAGAAAACCACAAAAAAGGAGACAAGGAAAAAGAAGCAGAGAGAGAAGAACCACCUCGCCUCCUCUUGACCAAUCUUGAGGGCAGCACCUAUCUGCUGGGGAGUGUGAUGGGAGGCCACAGCCUGGCCCCUCCCCUCCUGCACCUUCGGGAGGCCCUCCAGUCACCCCUCACCCCAGCAGCUGCACGGGAGGAUCUGUCACACCACCUUCCCCUCCAUGGUGUGUGUUUGAGGGAAAAAGACUUUUUCCUAGAGGAGGAGUUGAGAGGGAUGUGUCUGUUCAGCAAGGAGGCCAGGCAGGUAAUGAAGGAAUGAAAGGAAAAGUGAUGUGUGGUGCAGGGGAGGCACACACACCAAUGUUGGUCUUAUAUUUUAUGAAGAAACCUACACUUUCUUGGCCUUAUGUUACCUCUCUCUCUCUCUCUCUCUCUCUCUCUCUCUCUCUCUCUCUCUCUCUCUCUCUCUCUCUCUCUCUCUCUCUCUCUCUCUCUCUCUCUCUCUCUCUCUCUCUCUCUCUCUCUCUCUCUCUCUUUUAAGCAGGUAUAUCGUUAAAGCAAUACUUGGGAGUCCAGAAAUACAUAAAAUUAAUUUUAUAUUAUUGUUGCACUUUGUUUUCAAUUUCACUCCUAACAAUGCUAGAUCAUCUAGAUUUUUGAUAUCUUAAAUUUAACAACUAUCUCUCUUACAUCAUAUUUACACUAAUUUUUCUCAGAUCUCAUCUCAGGAAUUAUACAUGUCCCCAUAUCUGACCAUCUAUCCACUUUCUUAAAAAUUUAUAUCGCAUCAGCAAAACAUGAAUAAAAUAAAGUUGAAUUCAGCGCCUGAACAUAAGCAACUUUCCCUCCUCCCUCCCAACCCCAAGGGCUAAACGCUAGAACCUGUAAGUCUCUCUGGCCAGGAUGUUAAUUAUAAUUCUAAUGCAUUUAAAAAUAAAAUUAAAAAAAUA